UCCAUCAAUUGAGAGAAAUAUGGACAGGUUUUCUUGGUGUUCUGGGUCGAAUCUCUCUGUUUUCCCCGGAGAAAUAGGGAUUCACCAGCAAGGAAGCGUAAGAAUAUACGAUGGAGAUAACAAGACGACUUUCGACAGUGGUAUGCUCAAGUUAACUACUCAUAGACUGCUAUGGGAUGAUCUUCAACAGAAGGAUCGUGCUAUUGAUAUUCCUUUAUCACUCAUCAUGCGAACAGAGGAACAGGCUGCAGGAUUUAUGAGCAGCGCUAAGAUAUCAGUGUAUCUUCAUCCUCCACAACCCAACAAGCCACCAGGACCUUCUGUAUCCAGUCCUUAUACUUAUGUUAGAUUUUCUUUCAAGAAUGGAGGGCAUUCUGAGUUUUACAACAAACUAAAUGAACAGCUCAACAAGAAAGCAUGGCUUCAAAGUGGAACAAACGUAACAGAGGGCAGGGCACCAUCAAAGCUAGGGCCUAGAGGUGUAGGAAUAGUUGGUAUAGAAAGGAAGCUUGAGGAGCAAUCUAAGAAGAGAGGGGAUGAUAUCAAUAUGGCAUUUAAAGAUCUUGAUGCCCUCAUGGAGAAGGCAAAAGAGAUGGUAGCUUUAGCUGACAAAGUUGCCUCUGCACUCGAAGAAAAGAAGGGUUCACUCACAGAUGAUGAGACAGUAACAUUCAAGUCAUAUCUCCUGAGUAUGGGCAUAGACAAUCCUGUUACUAGAGAGACUGUUGGAGCAGGAGCAAACUAUCACAAAGAGCUAGCCAAAGAACUUGGCAGGUUCUUGGAUAAGAUUAUUAAGGAUGAAGGGGGGAUGAUGGCGUUGACAGAUGUGUAUUGCAGAUUUAACAGAGCUAGAGGAAUGGAGCUUGUUUCUCCAGAAGAUUUAGUGAAUGCAUCAAGACAAUUUGAAGCCUUGAACAUACCAUUGAGGCUGCGUUCCUUUGAUAGUGGUGUCCUUGUCAUACAAUCAAUAUCCCACAGUGAUGAAGAGGUUAUCAAGAAAACUAAGGAGCUGCUUGAUGAUAAAGGAUCUCUUACAGCAGAAGAACUGGCUAGUGUAAUUAAAUUAUCUGUCAUGCUUGCGAAAGAAAGACUAAUCGUGACAGAACAAGCAGGCAAAGCAUGUCGGGAUGACAGCGUGGAAGGACUUCGAUUCUAUCCCAAUCUAUUCACAGAAAGAUCGUCUUGAUCUGCUCAUCCAGAGUACGCUCUGUAAAAUACGUUCCUCUCUCCAGGGGCAGAGCCGAGUUGAGGUUUGGGAGGGGGUGGGGGUCAGUCCAAAAAAAGUCUUAUUUUUGGUUUUCAGAAUUUUAAUUCCCAUAARUGCAAGGCUUAGUAGUAUGGGUGGCUAUGGCUUACUCAGUAUUUGGGUGCAUGGAGACCCAAUAAUCCCCUCCCCCCCCAAUCCUUCCCCUCCUCCAAUUCUUAGGAUAGUGUAAAUAUGUUUGGAAUUUAUAUUAAUUAAUGGUCACAUUAUAAUGAAAURAAAAGAAUAAUGAACUGAUA